UAAAAGGUUGCUGAUGAAUAUCAAGAGGAAAAUCAUACUGCUCCAGAAACAACAAGUUCUGCUUCUCCAAAGGCUGCUAGUGAAGAUCCAAAUGUUACUGUUCCUGAAGCAAAACUUGGUGAUACGAAACCAUAUCUGGUUUUCGAGAGGAAUUUUAAAAAGAGGAAAGCUUCUGAGUCGAAUGUACAAAAAGACGAUAUUCUAGCAGAGAAUAAGAAGGUAAAGGAUGAACAUAUUGCCGCAAGGUCGGUCGAAAUUAUUAAAAAAUUUGAAGAGGAAGGAUUAUAUAAAGGCAAUUCGAUGGAUGGAAAUGGUAAAACAUCCUUGGAAAAAGUUACAAGGGAGUCGGCCAACACAAUAGAAAAGCUUCAAGAGGAUGGAGAAAGUAAACCAUCGACUGCAAAUAUCGACGAGUUCGCACUGGCUACUAGCAGAAACAUGAAUAAUAUACAAGUAGAAGCGUCUUCAGUGGUGACUAAGAAAAAGGAAACCCUGUCUUCUGAGUUGAGGGGCAUGAAUCACCCAGAGAGGUUUUUGAAUGCAGCACAUGACAAGAAACGAAUUCUUUUGAUUCUAGACCUGAAUGGGGUCCUUGGUUCUUUUGGUUAUAGGAAAAUGUCAGAAUUGAGGCCUCACUGUCAUGAGUUUGUGCGCUUCUGUGUUGCGUCGUUUAAAAAAGUGGUGUUUUGGUCUUCAAUGACCAGUGCAAAUACUACGAAGGAAAUGAAAAAGAUAUUCCCGCCAGAUUUGGACAUACAACAAAUCCAGAUAUGGAACCAAGCACAUUGCACUGACACCAAGAUUCCUGAUCCUGAUUCUCAUAAAGCUUCCAAGCCAUGGUUUCUAAAGGUAACAUACCAAAUCAACACCCGUUUUUCAGGAGACCUCGAUCAUGCUUUAAACACUAUUAUGGUGGACGAUUCUCCAUUGAAAACGGUUAUUAAUCCACGCAAUACAGUUGUGUUUCCGAAAACAUGGCAUCCUGGGGAUGCGAAGGAUAACACAUUAAGCAAAGAUGAAGCUAUCCGCAGUUUUUUCUAUAGUCUACCGUAUGAUGGGGAUAUCCAAGACCAUGUGCUAACAAAACAGCCCAAAUGUUUCCGUCAAGAGGAAGCUGAUAGCACAAUCGCUAUGGUUUGGGGUAAUUCAUAUUAUGCGACAAAAUUAAGAAAUAUUGAGGAACAAGAAAGAACAAAGGCCGGAUCUACAAUAAUUGGAAAAACAAAGUCCGGAUCUACAACAAUUGGAAGCUCUUGAUCCACAAAAUGGAGAUAGAUAUCAAAAUGGAGAGACAUAUCAGCUUAUAUAUUAUAUAGAUAGAGCUGUCAUAACACAACCAUAGACAGAUAAAGCUGUGGUCAUGCAACUCGUGCAAGUUCAAAAAAAUUGAGAGUGUUGAAUUCAAGAGUCCAAGUGGCUUCUUUAUGUAAGGAAAUUGAAAAAAAUCUUCAUCUGUAAAAUCUGU